AUGGAUGAAGGUGAGUCGAAUUCUAAUUCUCAGCUUUUUCAAAAAUUUGAUGAUUUUAGGCGAUGAUUAUGUGCCUCAAAUGACACAAAUGACAGAUUAUGGAAUGCCGAUGGGAGUUCCGCCACAACAGCAACAACAACAGCAGCAGCAAAUGUAUCAGCAGGUAACAUUUGAUUUUUCAUGGGAUUUGGGGCGUUUUGAAACCCAAAAAUGAGGGUAUUUGGUGUUAGAAAUCUCCAAAUUACCAGAAAUAUCUCAUUUUUCUACAAAAACUUAUGAUCAUUUUGAAUUUUCAGAAUUGAACAAAAUUCAGAAUACUUGCGAAAAUAUAGAAUUUUUAAAUCAAGGUUUUCAUUAAUCCAAAAAAAAAUUAAAACAUUCGUUAAAAUUUGAAACUGUUAAAGGAACACCAAAAGCUAAUAGUCACUCUAGCGUACCCGAACAAACACUUCAGAACUCGAAAUAAUCAAUGUCAAUUUACAAAUGUUCGCAACAAGUAAAAAAAAAAUUGAAAAAAUGGUGAAGUUUGCGCCAAAAUAAAAAAAUGUGAAAAAAACCGUUUGAAUUCCCUCCUCAGAGGACUCAGAGCGAAGUGUGCAAACACCGUCACGGCAGAAUGCACACAAAAAAAUUAUUUUUUUUAAUUUUUUGUUUUUCGGGAGUUUUCGCUUGUUUUUCACUUUUCAACGAUGAAUUCAUAUAUUUUUCAGUAAAUUGAUGUUGGCAAUUCUUCUCCCAACUGUCUCGAUCAUGUUUUCGACGGAGGAAUGCGAAAUUUCGUCGAUUUCCAGCCAAAGAGUGAGUAUUUUGAGAAAUUACAGAUUAUUCUCAUAAAUCGCUGUUUUCCAGGCUCAACAAUGUGAAACAUGAAAAAAAACUGCUGCAAAAUCAAAGAAAACCAUAGAAGUAGAAGAAAGACUCUGUGAAUAGUCAUGAAUGGAGGCGAAUUGAAGAGAUUUGAUGGAUUUUCAUGCUUUCAAGCCGGUUUCGAUCAAAAGUCGUCCUUUUUGCAAACCAAACUCACCCAAAACACUUCUUCCUCGACGAUUCUGCUCAUCAAUGUUCUGAUCGCGAUUAUUCUAUACAUUCACUCUUUUAAAAGCUGUUUUCUGUCAUUUUUCAAUAAAAUUUGAUGAAAACCGGUUUAUUUGUUUUAAAAAAACCAAUUUAUCAGAACUCCGACCAUUCAAAAACAACUGUAGGCGCUCGAAAUUCGUGGAUGUCAUAUUUAUUUCGAAAAUUAUCAGUAUGUGUUGGAGAAACGAUCGAAAUCCGCGAUUGCAGGUUGAAAACGCAGAUUCCGACCAAAUUUACUCAUUUCGCCACGAAUGUUCUUCCAAUCUACAAUCAAUAAGUUUUGUUGAUGACUAGAAUAUCGAAUUUACUACUUAAAAUCGUCGUUUACUAUGAGAAACAAAGAAAAAAACGGAAAAACGCGAAAAAAAUUUUUCGAAAACAAAAAAACAAAAAGAAAACAACGACAUUCCGCUCGCCUGGUGUUUAGCGUAAAAGGCGUGGCAAUUUGAUUUUGAGUUUUUUCAUUUUUCCACAGAAAAAUAUUUUUUCCUCUAAAAGUUCAGAAGAAUUUUUUCAUCGAAAAGUGAGUAUAGGGAAUGAAAGUAGGAGUAUUAAAGUGCCUGUUUUUGUAUGCGCGGCUUCACCUAGCGAUGUUGACCUUUUAGUUUUUGGUGUUCCUUUAAUUUUGUUUGACUAAAAAAUUUCAAUAUCGAUUUUAUAAAAAUCAAAAAUUUUGUGAACCUCCAGAUUUCAGAGAGAAAAACUGAAUUUGAAAAAAAAAUCUAGAAAUGUUGGAAAAUGAUAAAUACACUCUUGAAACAGCAAAAUAUUUACAAAAUUAUUGAAUUUGAAAAUUUACUUCAAACAUUUUGAAAGAGUAAAUUUCCUAAAAAAAAAAAUAGUGGAGACUUUUUUAUCAAAAAUAUUGUUUGCAGAACAUUCCAAUGUCAAAUCCAUACGAACAUCAACAAAUGAUGAUGAUGCAACAACAGCAGCAAAUGCAAAUGCAACAACAACAGCAAGUCGCUCCGCCACCCGCCAAAAAAGGCCGCGGGAAAUCGAAAAAAGCACUCGCCGCUGCGGCUGCUGCUCAACAACAACAACAACAAGAAAUGGAUCCGAUGGCAUCGAUGGCAGCGAUGUCCAACAAUCCGAUGCGCGGCGGAGCCGGUGGAUAUGGAAUGUAUCCGCCUGGAAGUUAUCCUGGGGGAAGUGCCGGAUAUCCAGGAAGACCCGGAGCCCCACAACAACAGCCUCAGCCUCAACAACAAUACGGAUAUCGGCCGGGUUAUCCACCGCAGCAACCACCACAAGGAUAUCCCGGCUAUCCGCAAGGAUACCCACAGGGCUCGCAAUAUCCUCCGCAACAACAGAUGCGACCUCAACAGCAACAAUAUCCACAAGGAUAUUGGGAUCAACAACAACAGCAGCAGCAGCAACAAUAUGGAUAUCCGCAGGCUUCCGCUUCUGCGCAACAACCGCAAGAUUGGCAGCAACUCAAACAACAAUUAUAUCAGAUUGAAGCCGAAAUGAACAAGAUGCAACAUCGCAUGAAUCAAUUAUUCCAUCAACCGCGAAAUCCAAUGAUUGAUCAAGAAGUUCAACAUCUACAGCAUCGAAUGCAAUAUAUGCAAAAAGAGCAUUAUAUGAUGACGCAGCAAAUGCAGCAAGUCUCACAAGCCCCGCAGUCACAGCAAGUUCCGCAAGCUCAACCACAACAACAAACUUCUCAACAACAACCCUACCCGGUUCCUCCGUCAUCCACAGGUUCUGCAAAUUCACAGGGUACUCCUUCGUCUUCCCAAGUUGUUAUUCAACCUUCCACACCGGUUCAAGUUAAUUCAACUGGCAAUCAAGUGCAAUUAAAUAUCACAUCGGAUAAAACACGAACCCUAAUUUCAGUAUAUCACGAGGGUUAUGGUGGAGUUCCAGGAUCUGGUGCGAGUUCUACAGAAUCCAAAGAAUCUGUAGUUCCACCCGAACCAACUCCUACAACCGCACAAAUCAAACCGGAACCCGCUUAUAGUGGAUCGUAUGGAGGAGUGCCAUCGGCAAGUAAUAAUGGGGUGGAGAAUGGAGCGAAAUAUGGUGGAGGAGGGUAUGGAACAGGACAACCACAACAAAUGUAUCCUCAACAACAGCAAUAUCCCGGACAGCAGGUACCGUUUUUUUGGGGAGAUUUCGAAAUCUUAGAGGGCUUGGGUUUCGCAAUUCAUUUUUUUUCUCAAUUUUAGAGAAAUUCCAUGAUUUUUCUAGCUUCUGAUGCUUUUAAGAAUUUCCAACACAUCUGAAAAAUUUCCAAAGGAAAAAUAGCCUAAUAUUCAAACUCUUAUUUCAUACGUUUCUUGAUUUUUUGAUAGCUAAAUAUUUGUAAACUUGUUUGAUCAAUUGUUGGUAUUUGUUGUUAAUAUGGAAUAAAAAACGGUACCCCAAAAAGUUGGACCCGAAUUUAAAAAUCAAUUUUUCAUGAUUUUUUUGAAGAGUAAAAAUCCUGCGCUUAAAAAUCCUGAUGUUUUCAGAUGCCUGGCUAUCCUCCCCAACACAUGUCUCAACAACAAUCUCAACCCUAUCAAAUGCAUUCCCAACAGCAACAAAUGAUGGCGAAUAAUGGUGGACCUAGACAACCACAACACCAAGGCUAUCCACCUUAUCCACAACCACCACAAGGAUAUCCGCCAAUGGGACCACCUCAUCAACAAAUGGUUCCACCUCCCCAGCAACAUCAAAUUCAGCAACAGCAAAUUCCACCGCCGGUUAUUGCUCCACCUGGUUUAACCACAGAACCACCAAAACCAUAUCCAGCACAUCCACCAAUGUCAGCUGAAAGAAUGGAUUUGAUCAAAUUGGUGAAUCAGGAACAGAAUGAAAUGGUGGGUGAUGGCGAAGAAAUCAAACCAAAAGAGCAAAGUGAUUCGCAGGCACAAACGAUAUUAAUUCAACCAUGUGAAAGUUUGGAAGACGCGUUGCCCUCACGAGAUUCGCUGUUACCUCCACCAAUUGAGACGAUGAUUGAUGAGACUUCGCAACCAGCGUGUGAAAAAGCGCAAUUAGAAGAUGCGGAAAGUGAUGAAAUUGGCAGGAUUAUGAUGAAUCCAGAAGUUGGAGCCGAUGUUGAACAAGAGAAUAGGUAGGGAAUUUUUAUCAGUGAUUUGGGCUGGAAAAUUUCUGGAUUUUGAGACAUUUCCUAAAUUCUGAUAGGUUUUGGCCCAAAAAAUCUACGUUUUCAGUAUUCAAAAAACCCAUAUUGUGGAUUCAGGAAUUCUGAAUCUUCAGAUUUCAAAUAGGGCUCGUUUUUGUCCCCGAAAAAUUCUGCGAUUUUUAAAUGUACAUGGGCUAUGAAUUUACUGUAAUUUUCGGCGCGAAAAUAUUCUUUUUUUUUGUUUCAACAUUUCCAAUAGUUACUCACCCACCAUUCCUUUUCUUCACAAAUAAAGUUGAGUUUCAUCAAUAUUUUGAAACGGUCAUAUUUUUGGUUAUGAUUUUUGACUUAAUAAUUUUUGAAACAAAAACUUCUUAUUAUCAAUAUUUUGAAACAGUUAAUUUUUUUUUGAAAAAUUCACACAUUUCACAAAAAAUGUUUUGAUUUUUCUCACCAAAUUUGUUUUCCAACUUUUUCAAAUUUGAUUUUUUCAGCGCUGUUUCCACCCCAUCAAUAACUCGCGAAGAACAUCGACCACCAGAUGAAAAUUCAGAUUCUUUUGUUCAAGAAACCGCUGAAAACCCGGCUGAAAAUCCAGAAGAAGAGACUGCUGAAACUUCUGAAAAUGUCAAUGGAAAUGCUGAAAUUCCUGAGGAGGAAAAGCCUGAAAUUCCAGUGCAAAAUGAGCUACCAGAAGAGGAAGAAAAAAUCGUGGUCCCGAAUAAAGUUGAAGUUGAAAAUGAGGAAGAAGCGCAGGAAAUUGAGGCAAAUAUUGAGCCUGAACCAGAACCAGAAGCUGAAGUUUCAGCUGCAGAAGUUGAGCCAGAAGCUGAAAAUAUUGAAGAGCCCGAGGCGAAGUCUGAUAUUUCAGCUCCAGUGGAAGAAAAAGAAGAAGAAGAAGCUCCAGCUCAAGUUGCUGAACCAGAAACUUCUGAAAUUCCAGCUCCGGAAGAGCCGAUGGAAAUUGAGCAAAAACCUGAAGUCAACACGGAAAAACCUGAAAUUGAACAAGAAGAGAUUGAAGAAGAUGAGGAAACUCUGAAAAUUGAGGAACCCGAUGAAGCUGAAAUUGCACCGAAAGAAGAGGAAGCUGAAAUCGAGCCAGAAGCUGAAACUGAAGCACUGGAAGAAGAGGAGGAUGAAAUUGAGACAAAAGAUGGAAGUGAAGAGCCGAGUGAGGUGAGUAUUUUCAUUUUUGACACAAUCUGGAAUUUUGAACUGAAAAUUAGCGAUUUUUUGACACCAAAAAUGCCUAGGGUUACUGUACAAUUUCGCGGUAAGAAAUCAUAUAUAUCCCGGUUUUUGAACGAAUUUUCAAUAGUAUCGAAAAAAUCAUAACUUUUAAGCAACUAAUUUUCUUAAUUAUUUAUGUAGUAACAGUUAAUUUCCAAUAGAAAAAGGGGAUUCAACAAAGUAUUCUUCUCAAAAACCAACCAAUUUCCUCUAUCCAAAAUCAAUCUAUAUUUUUUUCCAGGAACCUUCCGCCCCUGCCACUCCAAUGACAACAGCUAGCACCACAUCAACCACUUCAACAUCAACCAAGAAAAAAUCGACAAAUUCAUCCAGCUACAAAAGACCAGCCGUAAUAGUUGCCAAGGCAAAAAAGAAGAAAAGUGUAGAUGAUUCGGAUGAUGAUGAUUUUUACCCGUCAAAAGGAAAAGGACGAGGAAGAGGAAAAAAGAAGGUAGCUGGUGGAGAAGAUCAAGCAAAUUCUGCUGAAACGGGAGGAGUUAUGAAAAGAGCGGCUAGUGGAAAAUGGGCAGAUGUAUUGAAUGCUGGACCACAAACAGAUGAAUUUGAUGAAGAUGAUGAUGAAUUAUUGAUGAGACAACAAACAAGUGCACAAACAGAUCCUGAUGCCAUGAUUGUUGAGAAGAUUUUGAACUCGAAAAUGCAGAAAAUUGAAAAAUCUGAAGAGAAUCAAGAAGGUGAAGAGGAAGAAGAAGAGGAGAUAUUCUUGAUUAAAUGGAAGGGUCGAGCAUAUGUUCAUUGUGAAUGGAAAAAUGCACAGGAAUUAGAAGAACUUGAUAAGAGAAGUGUUGCCAAAGUUAAACGAUAUAAAAUGAAGAAGGAAAGGGCGUAUAAUGAGAUUGUGGGUUUUUUGGGGGGGGGGGAGACGGAAGGCUGGGAUUUUUGAGUGUCUAGUUGAAAAAUGGGAUAGAAUUUUUUUUCGGCUAAAAAUGAUCUGGAAACCGAAAAAAACCAGUUUUAAACCGCAUUGGGAAUUUUCCCGGUUUUCUCGGCCACCAGACAAUGGAUAUUGGGUUUCUAGGCUACCAGAAGCUGAACUCUGGCUUGAAUGUCCAGAGAAUCAGCUUUAAGUACCCCCAAAAACUUAAAGGAAUUUUCAUCUUCAAAUGCUAAUUUUUCUCAGGAAGACGAAGAUUUCAAUGCGGAUUAUGUGAUUGUUGAUCGAGUUGUUGAUGUAACAGUCGAAGAAGAUGGUCAAGAAUUUGCACUAAUAAAAUGGAAAUCAUUGGGAUAUGAAGAAGUGACUUGGGAAGCCAUUGAAACUGUUCCUGCUGAAAAAGUUGAGCUGUGGAGAAGUCGACAAAUAAUUGAUCCGGCAAAAUUGAAAGAAAAGGCUCGACCAGAACCGGAUGGAUGGAAAAAGAUUGCAAAUACGACAGUAUGGAAGAAUGACAAUUCGUUGAGAGAAUAUCAGUUUGAAGGAGUUAAUUGGUUGUUGUAUUGUUAUUAUAAUUCGUGAGUGUUUAUUUUGAUAGGGUGAAAUUGAGGAUUUGGACUCAAAAACUAGAAAUAUGGGUUUUUUCAAAUAUAAAUAUAGCUAUUAUCUCUAAAAUCAACCUAUGAAAUAUUUUCAAAAUAAUUUUCCAUGUCAUAACUUUCAUCUAAAAUCGCCAAUUUUCCACCAAAUUCAUCGAUUUUUUUCUUGCAGACAAAACUGUAUUCUUGCCGAUGAAAUGGGUCUGGGAAAAACCGUUCAAACCAUCACAUUUUUGUCGGAAAUUUACAAAUAUGGAAUUCAUGGUCCAUUCUUGAUUGUCGUUCCUCUUUCAACAAUUCAUAAUUGGGUUCGAGAAUUUGAAACGUGGACAGAUAUGAAUGCGGUGGUUUAUCAUGGAAGUUCGUAUGCACGGGAUGUUUUGCAACAAUAUGAAGUGUAUUAUGAUAAAAAACAUUCGGCGAAUAAGGUGAGCAGACAUUUUCGACGGGGAAUUUAUGGGGAUUUUUUGAAUGUUGGGAUUUUCUGAAAAUUUAUUUAUUUAUUUAUUUAUUUAUUUACGAUGAGCGGAAAAUACACCGUUAGAGAAAAAAUCACGCAGUAAGUAAGAUAAAACACAAUAUAUAAUGAAAUCGAACACAAAGUAAAAUAAAAAAUAGAACAAAAUCGAAUUGAAUUAAAUUAUUUUGGGGGGGGGGAGGAUGACACAAGCUAAAUUAAAAUGACUAAUCGGAGGUGAGGAGACCAGAAUCAGUGGAGAUAGCACGAAAUUUAUAGUUUUUAUGGUUUUUAUGUAUUAAACAUAAUUAUGAAUGAGACUCAUAGACAUAACCGUAAGUUUUAGUUUGAUUUGUAAUGUGUACACCAAUGUCAGAUCAAUCGCAAGCAUUUCUAAUAAUUACAUCUAGGAAAUCAUCCGAGUAGGAUUUGAUGUUUUUCAAAAAUUCAGGAAUCACUCGCACUGAGAAAAAGUUACCACGGAUUUUCUUUUUUGGAAUUUUGUAAGAAAAAUUAAUACGGGAUCGCGUUGUAGAUUUCUGGAUUUGAAAUAAGGAUUUGAGAUUAAUUUUGGAUUUACCAGAAAGGAUGUCCUCAAGGAAUUUUAGAUCACAUUUCUUCCUCCUGUCACUCAACUUCUCCAAUUCAAACAUAUCUAGCCUUUCCUCAUAUGAUAAAUAGUUAGGGUCAGUAAUACUGAUCAUUCUCCCAGAAAUUCUACCAACUAAUUUUCUCGUAAAGUUGCGCUGAACCCUCUCAAUCAAAUCUGAAGUAGAUUUGUCUGGAGGAGAUGUGACGAUGCAACCAUAUUCGAGAACAGAUCUAAUAUGAGUUUUAUAAAGAGACAAAUAGAGCUUAGGAUUUUUGGUGGAAAAUGUUUUGAAUAAAAGAUAGAGAAGAGAAUUGGCUUUUUUGGUGAAGAUUUCCCAAUGUUCAGAGAAAGCAAGAUUUUGUGAGAUAUGAAAACCGAGAUCGCGAAUCAGAGAGGUUCUAGAGAUGUCCGAUUGAUUUAUGUGAUAGGAGAAUUCAGAAGGUUUUGGAUGUAUCGAGAUAACUUUUGUUUUAUUACUGUUGAGAAUUAGUUUGUUAAUGGUAGCCCACUCAUGAACUUUAUUGAUUGAAUUUUGGAGAAUUUCCGAGUCAUUCCGACUUCUUACUUUUGAGAAUAUUUUCACGUCGUCCGCGAAUUGUGCAACCGAAACUCCCGGAUUUGAAACGAAAUUUGGGAGAUCGUUUGCGAAAAUUGCAAAAAGAAGGGGAGAUAGUACUCCUCCUUGCGGAACGCCAGAAAAAAUUGGACGGGGAUUUGAAAAUACGUCCUUUAUUUUUACAACAAAACUUCUACCAGUCAAAUAUUGUUGUAUCCAAUUUAAUAGGUAAGAAUUCAAACCUAACAUAGAGAGUUUGGUGAAUAGUAUAGAGUAAUUCACCAUAUCAAACGCCUUACUAAAGUCGAAGUAGAUAACAUCGGUUUGGAUAUUUUUGUCGAGCGAGUCGGUCCAUAAAUUGACACACUCAAGUAGUUGAGUAGUGGUUGAUUUUCCAACUACAAAACCGUGCUGAAAUGGAGUAAAAUAAUUAAUUUUCUCCAGAUGUUGUACUAUCUUGCGUUUGAGAAUUCUCUCAUAUAUUCUACAGAUUUGACUGGUGAUUGAAAUUGGUCGAAAAUCUCCCGGAGUUUUUGAAUCAGGAAUUUUGGGGAUAGGAGUAAUAAUUGAGAUUCUCCAUUUGUCCGGGAUGUUGGAAUGCAUCAUUGACACAUUGAAUAUAUGUGCCAAUGGGGUACAAAUCCAAUCCGGAAACAGUUUAAGAAAAGAAAAUGGGAUGUUAUCUGGUGUCAGAGUAACAUUAUUUUUGGUUUUUGAAAAUUCCUUCAAAACUUCCUGAACAAAAACCCAAGGAAAAGAUCCGGCUUCAUCGGAAGUGUUCGGAAAUUUUUCGAAAGUAUCAUGAGGGGAUCCAUUAGCAAAAUUUGCAGCAAAAUGAUCUGCUAAUCUUUCAGAUAUUGUUUCCUUGUUUGUUAUUAUGGUGUUUGUCUGGUUAUCUUGUAAUUGGAUAUUUUUUAUGUUUGUUUUGAACCGGAGAUUCACCGGUUCAAAAAAUUAUGGGUUUUAGGUUGAAAUUUGAGAAUUUUGAUCGGUAUUUCUGAUGUAAAUGAAGCAUUCUUUUUAAAAAGUCUAGAAAUUUUCCAGUAACUCAGACUUCCAAAAAUUUAGCAUAAAUUAAAAUUAGUUGGCCUAUUUUUCGAUUUUUGGCCGAUAAAAACGAAGUUGUCGACUUGAAUUUUUGGUCUGAAAAUUCUCCGAUUUUCAGCUUUUUCUCGGACUAUUUCGGGACUGAAAAUGUAUGUUUCCAACUGAAAUAGGAAAAUCUGGCUUUUUAUUCAAAAAAAAUUAAUAAUACCUAUGAAACUCGAGAGCUGAGAGCCAGCAUUUUUACGUUUCAAAAUGUUUAUUUUCACCAACAAUUUUUCAAAAUUUCAAUAUAUUGAUAAUUUAUUGGAGAAAAAUAAUAAGAAAGCAACAAUAAGCAAAUAUAACAUCUAUCAACAGGUUAAUCAAUAAAAAUGUGAAUUUAUGGCUGAAAUCCGUUUCAGGCUGAAAAAUUGCCUAUUUUUCAAGGUUGGAAUUCUAAAAAAAAAGUUCAACAAUUGAGCCAAAUCCCAAAACCUUCAUAUUUUUUGCAGCAAUGGCGAAAGAAUUUGGUCAAACUCGAUGCUCUCAUCACAACAUUCGAAAUGGUAGUCACAGAUUGUGAAUUUAUCAAAAAAAUCCCAUGGAGAGUUUGUGUAAUUGAUGAAGCUCACAGGUUGAAAAAUCGAAAUUGCAAACUUCUUGUGAAUGGUCUCCUUGCUUUCCGAAUGGAACAUCGUGUUCUUCUUACCGGAACUCCACUUCAAAAUAAUAUUGAGGAACUCUUCUCGCUUCUCAAUUUCCUUUGCCCUCAACAAUUUCACAGUUCAGCCGAAUUUUUGGAAGAAUUUGGAAGUUGUAAAUCGGAUGAACAAGUUCAGAAAUUGCAGGAGAUUUUGAGACCAAUGAUGUUGAGAAGAUUAAAAGAAGAUGUUGAGAAAUCAUUGGGACCAAAAGAGGAGACAAUUAUUGAGGUGCAGUUAUCCGAUAUGCAGAAAAAGUUUUAUCGCGCGAUUUUGGAGAGGAAUUUCACGCAUCUUUGUAAAGGAACAAAUGCUCCAAGUUUGAUGAAUGUUAUGAUGGAAUUGAGAAAAUGUUGUAAUCAUCCGUUUUUGAUAAAUGGCGCUGAAGAGACGAUUUUGAACGAUUUCAAAAUGAUGCAUCCAGAAUGGGAUGAUGAAACACUUAUGAAUCGAGCUUUGGUUCAAGCAAGUGGAAAAGUUGUCCUAAUUGAGAAACUCUUACCAAAAUUGCGCAAAGAUGGCCACAAAGUGUUGAUUUUCUCACAAAUGGUUAAGGUUUUGGAUUUAUUGGAAGAGUUUUUGGUGAAUAUGAGCUAUCCGUUUGAGAGAAUUGAUGGAAAUGUUCGAGGAGAUUUGCGACAAGCCUCGAUUGAUAGAUUUUCGAGAGAAAGUGAGUUUUGGCCGGAAUUUCUCAUUAUUUAAAGAAUUGUUACUAUAUUCUAGAGGUUUCAAAAGUAAUUUUUAAUAAUUUUAAAGUGUUGUGCUGGAAAAUUAGAUUUUAAGAGGGUUUUUCGAUGUCUAUUCUAUAAAAUUAAAGUCAAAAACUGUUUCGGGUUGGCUUAUUUAAAAACAAUUGAAAGCUAAUCUUGAAAGUCUAGACAAGUUUCAUCCACUAUAACCAAAAUUUGGAUUUAAAGACCAGCUCAUCAAUUUUCUCUUCCAGAUUCCGAUCGAUUCGUCUUCCUUCUUUGUACUCGAGCCGGUGGACUUGGUAUCAAUUUAACAGCUGCCGAUACUGUUAUUAUUUUUGAUUCCGAUUGGAACCCGCAAAAUGAUUUGCAAGCUCAAGCAAGGUUUGUUUAGAAACAUUUUUUGCAACUGAAUUUAUCGAUUUUUUAGAUGUCAUCGUAUUGGACAGAAAAAAUUGGUGAAAGUCUAUCGUCUUAUAACUGCAAAUACCUAUGAAAGAGAAAUGUUUGAUAAAGCUUCGUUGAAACUUGGAUUAGAUAAAGCUGUACUUCAAUCAACAACUGCUCUUAAGGAAUCUAGUACUGCUUUGAGCAAAAAAGAUGUUGAAGAAUUGUUGAAGAAAGGUGCAUAUGGAAGUAUUAUGGAUGAAAAUAAUGAGAGCUCGAAAUUCAAUGAGGAAGAUAUUGAGACGAUUUUGCAAAGAAGAACUCAGACGAUUACACUUGAAGCUGGACAGAAAGGAAGUUUGUUUGCAAAGGCAACUUUUAAUUCGACGCAUAAUAAAGGAGAUGAUAUUGAUAUUGAUGAUCCGGAAUUUUGGAAUAAAUGGGCCGAAAAAGCACAGGUUGAUUUGGAAAAAAUGAUGGAGAAAACACCGGAUGGAAGAGAAUUGAUUUUGGAAGAGCCUAGAAAAAGAACAAAGAGAUUUGAAGAUAAUAUGAAAGAUGAUGAAGAAUCAGAUGGAAGUGAUGAAGGAAAUGGAAAGAAUAGACGAAGAACUACAGGAGGACCGGGAGAUCGAACUAGAAAAAGAAGACGAGAUGAUGAAGAUGGAGAUUAUUCUUCGCAUUAUCGACCCGAUGAAUUGGCUACAUCUAAACAAGAAUAUUUCAAAGUUGAGAAGGUUUUGGCACAAUAUGGAUGGGGAAGAUGGGCGGAAAUGAAGAAAAUGGGAGAAUUGGAAAUUAGUGAACUCGAUAUUGAACAUAUGUGUCGGACACUGAUUCUUCAUUGUAUUCGAGAGUUCCGCGGAGAUGAUCGCAUUCGAAGCUUCUUAUUUGCUCUUAUCAAACCGGAAAGAUGUGGAGAUGUGCCGAAACAGCAGACGGGAAGUAUGCAGAGUAUUUAUCAUCAGGUAUGUGCACGUGGCAGAAAACAUCUGGAAACUUUUCUACUCUAGAACAUUCUGGAGGUUUUUGAUUUUUUUUCGCUCAAAACCUUUGAGAUGAGCUCGAAUUUUUGGCUUCAAAAAUGUGGGAAAACGGUCUUUUCCCCAGAGUUUUCUCGUAAUUAUUCAGGGCUGAAAAUCUGGCUUUUUGUUUUCGAAAAAAAAUCCAAAAAUCCAAAGAAACCCAAUAGCUGAAAUUUUUCACUCACCCCCAAAAACCCAAUUUUUUACGUUUCGAAUUAUUUAUAUUCAGCAAAAUUUUCGGAAUGCUCAAUACCGUUCUUCAAAGGCUUUUCGUUCUUCCGCAAUUCAUAUUUUUUAAAAAUUAACCCCGAUAAAUGAAGAGUAAAUUUUAGAUUUUAGCUUAAUUUCAGCUCUGAAAAAGCGGAGGAAAAACGAAUCUAGAGAAGAAAAUCUAUUUUUCUUCAAGAAUUUCGGAAUUUUUAGAAUCUAAAAUUUAGAUCAACAAGUUCUAAAAAUUAACCAAUAUUUUUUGCAGGGUUGGGCAGCUCUUCCCGAAUUCAAUCCACCCAGUUUCGCACUUGAUUCAUCAUUCCAAAGACACGUUCAUCGACACGCCAACAAACUUUUAAUCAAAGUUGACAUGCUAAAACAUCUCGAAAAAUAUAUAAUUGCUGAUGCUAAAGACAAAUGCGCUGAUGUCACUGUUAAAUUCACUGAUAUCGAAUUGAAAGAACUUCCACAAAUUGCUGAAGUUUUAAUCGAUGGAUGGGAUUCGGAUUGUGAUAAAUGUUUAUUGAUUGGCUCGUGGAGACAUGGAUUGGAGAAUUAUGAUGCGAUAAAAAGUGAUGAGAAUUUAUGCUUUAAAGAGAGAGAAGCACUGAUUGCCACGUGGCCAGCAUCGGCAGAAUUAUGGUUGAGAUUUAGAAGACUUGUUGGAACUAGUCAACGAAAUAUUCAUGAUCCGGUUUAUGAAAGAUUGAAAUGGACGAAACGAGAAGAACAAGAAUUUAUGAGGAUAUUGAGGUCUUUUGGAAUUAAAGAUUCGAAGACUGAUUCUCAGAAAAUUGAUUGGGAUUCUUUCCGAAGUUUUUCGCCACUUUUGGAAAAGAAAAAUAAUGAGGAAAUGCAGGAGCAACUAUUCUGUGUUCUUGCUAUGUGCACAAAAGCGCAAGGUGGAGAAUUGGGACCAAUGGAUUUGAAAAGAGCAAUGUCGGUUGAGCCAAUGAGCAGUAAACGAUCAUUUAGAUUAAUGAAUCGACUACAUCUGACGAGAAAAGUGCACGCAUUGGCUGCAAGUUUGGAUGCGCCUGCUAUGAAAUUAUGUGCGAUGGAUGGAAUGCCAGCUGGAUGGACACAUCAACAUGAUAAAGAACUAAUGGAGAUUUGUGAUCAAUAUGGAAUUGAUGGAUUGGCGACACAUUGCUUGAGAAAACCAGCUUUUGAAAAGGUUAGCUUAGGCUUUUGAGAUAGGGAAAUUUGAAUUUUUCAUGAUUUUUUCGCCUAUGAAUUUCCACUUAAUAAAGUGAGAAAAUAACUCAGGGUUUUGUCUUGAAUUUGAAACAGUAAAGUUUUUAUGAUGACAAAAAAUUUUCAAAAUACUUUAAAAAAGGAAUUUAGCCAUGAAAUCAAAAAGAAACAGUAAAUUUUUUCCAGAAUAAAAUUAUAAAAUAUUCUUCUCAAAAUCAUUUCCAGAGCUCUGGAAUUUUGGCGAUUUUUCGCAUAGGAAAAACAACUUGAGAAAAUAUACAAUUUUAUUGUAAUAUUUUUCAGUUCAAAAUUGUUUUUCAAUCAAAUAUUUACAGAUUGUCCGACCAUCCGAAAGAACUCUUCUCCGUCGUGUCCUCGAAAUUGUCAAUACUGUUGAACACGGAAAAUGGAUGGGAGCUGGUGACGUGGAUUCGCUCGAAGAAUCUGACACUGAAGAUAAACGAGAUCUUGCUGCUGCCCAAGCUCAAGCUAUUCGACUCGCCCAACAACAACAAGCGACUGCUGCGGCUGCUGCUGCGGCUGCCGCAGCUGCAAGACGAGGAAGAAAACGGGGAGCCGGAGCUAGUUCGUCGGGAGAUGCAGAAGCGGCGAAAAUGCGUGCUGUUAUGCAGCAAAUGUUACUUGCGUCGGGAGGCGGAGGAACACAACAGGAUUUAGCUGCUGCGGCAUUGCUGCAAACUCUUAUGAUGCCACAACUCAUGGGAAUGGCUGCAUCAACAUCUUCUGCUUCUUCGCAAGCUGCUCAACAACAACAACAAUCUGCGGCCGCUGCGCAACUUCUUGCGCAUAUGUUUAUGGGAUCAAUGCCAUCCACAUCUUCCGGAGGAGCAUCAUCUUCGAAAAGUGCUGCAAAUGCGCUGGCACAAGCUGCAGCCGCAAGUUCUUCCGCGGAUGCAAUGACUAUGCAACAACAGUUAGCACUUGCGGAGAUUCUCGCAGCUGCUGCAGCCGCUGGCAAUAUGGCAACACCACAAAUACCACCACAGAAAAAGAAACCCGCUGCGGCGACACCGAAAGCGAACCCGGCUGAAAUGACAAAAGCACAACAGGAAUCGAUGGUUGUGCAAUAUUUGAAUAAUGCAGGAGUCGGAAUGAAUGAGCUUGUGAUUUUGAAUGCGUUGCCGAAAGGUUUGUUUGGAUUGGGGGAAAAUAAGAGGGGUACUGUAGAUUUUUUGGCGCGAAAAAUGGUGCAGAAUUAGAAAUUUUCAAACGGAAAUAUUCAAAGUCUGAAAAUUUCAAUCAACGUCUGAAUUAAAGAAAAUGAAAGUCUGAAAUUUUAAAGAAAUCCUCAAAAAACCCUAAAAAUCCAUCAAUCUAUAAACUUUCAUUUUUUUCAGAAACCCAAAUUCCAAUGAUGCACAAGAAAACGCGUGAGUCGAUCCCUGAUUCCGAAAGACCACAAAUCAAAGAUUUGACAGCUUGGCUGAUGUCAAAUCCAGAAUAUGUCAUUGAUUUGAAUAAUCAAGGAAAGAAGGCGAAAUCUGGUGCGGUUGCAUCUUCAAGUGCUCAAGAAUCAACAUCACAAGCAUCGAGUGCAAAACCGUCGGCUCCAGCCACUCCCGCACCUGUUAUGACACCCAAAUCCACCAGUCCCAAAUUGGCACAAGAAGAGAAAAAGGCAACGGUGACGGCGAAUGUGAAAGCAUCGAACAGUUUGCAAAUUGAUGAUCCCAUUGCUGUUUUUAAUCGGUGAGUUUUUUGAGAGGACGGGAAUUUGGGGAUUUUUAAGCCCAAAAACAUGAAACAAACAUUUACUGCUUCAAAAAUUUUAUAAUUUUUUGUGACUAUUUUUCAAAAUUUUUAUAUAUUAAUUUCCACGUAGUCUCAAAUCAACAAAUCAAUUUUCCACAUAAAUCCAGAAUUUUUUGUUGGAAAUUUAAUUUUCUUGCUUAUAAAAAUCUUUAAAACACAUUUACUAGAAAAACUUUUACUGUUUCAAUUUUUGAAUUUUUCAAGAAAAAUUUGAGUUUUGAUUCGUGGUUGUUUUUCAUGCCUUCUAUAAAUAUUUUAAAUAAAUAUUUUCAGAAAUACUGGUGAACUUCUGGCUGCGUCAAAAUGGCCAAAAGCAAAAGACCUGUCAAAUUGGCUUGACGCCAAUUCCGAAUUCAAUGUUCACACAUCAAGUUCAGCAAUUGCUCAAUUAGUUCUUGGCUCAACUGAAAGAAUUGGUGGCGAAGGUGCAACAACAAUUUCAACAACUCAACCAUCUACAACUCAUACACCCGCUCCACCUUUAACACCUUCAACACCGGCUUCGAUGUCAGCUGCGACGACUGCACAAUUGGCUGCACUUGCUGCUGCAGCUGCGAGCACUUCUGCAAAUACAACAACAGCUACACCCAAAUCGUCUAGAACAACAGCGGAUUCUUUGGCUAAACAACAAAUGGAUAUGCUGCAAAUGCAGCUAUUGUUGCAGCAAGCUGCACUGCAACAAUCUAUGCAAGCUAUGAUGUUUCCGUACGGUGUAAAUGCGACAACUGCAAGUGGAAGUGGAGGAGCUGGAGGAUCGGGAGCCAAUAAGGUUGGAGAUUUUGGGAUGGGUGGGAGAAAAUUGUUGAAUAUUUUAAUUCUAGUGAAAAACUCUGCGAUAUUUUAGGCCUGAAAUUUGACAUUUCAAUUGAAAAAUUAUAAGGAAAUUCAGCAAUUUCGAAAAAUUAAUGAAUUUUGGCUAAAAAUUCUAGCAAAAUUCCUCAUGGUUUUGAAUUUUCUAGUCUUAAAUCAACCUUUAAAAGUCGUAAAAUUAUUUUCGGUUUUUUCUUGAAAAUAUGAAAACCCAGAAGAUAUUUUCAACAAAUUUUCUCACUGUUUCAAAUUUUUCAUGAAUUUUCUGGCAAAACAUCGAAUUUUGAUUCACCAAUCUUGUUUUCUGGAAAUAUGGGUCUGAGAAUUGUGGGAUUUUUGGCACAAAUGCCUAAAUUUGAAUAAUGGUGAUUUGUUUCAGUCAACAACAUCGACAACUGCCACAACAUCAACUCCCUCUGCCUCAGCUCCAUCAACUUCAAAUUCCGGUGCUUCAACUUCAGCUGCAAAUCAAAAUGCAUCAACAUCCUCAAAUUCUGCUGCUGCAAACUCUUCAGCUGACGAUCAAAUGAAUCCGAUGUUAAUGCAAGCAUUGAUGUCCAAUCCAGUUUUAUUCAACAGUUUGUUACUUGGCGGUGAUCCAACAGCUGCAAUGCUCUUAGCUGCUGCACAAAUGCCCCAAACUCCGCAGAGCUCGAAAAAAUCAAAACAUUAG